AUGACAAACUCAUAUCCUUCGGGCUCACCGGGGGUUCCAGACUCCGGCAUGCCUACUGGAGCUCCCGGUUUCAUGCCUCGAAGAUCCUCAUAUGCCUCUGUUGUAUCUGGUAUAGCUGCCGGGAACUCUCAACAAUAUGGACAACCUUCAAGACCCGGCCAUUUCGCGAAUCUCCUAAAUUCGAACACACACAUGUUGAAUCAACAACAUGAUUCCAUUUACUACGAUCCAAAUUAUAAUGGGCGAUACGGAUAUGGGGCAUUCGCUGGGUUUGAUGAGGAAAAUAGUAAUGGCGGGGUCAAUCAAGGACGAUCAGGAUCAUGGGGUAGAGGAGGACAACUGCCAAGUUUCUCAAGCGCUUUUGGUUCACUCGCAAAUGAGUUUUCCUCACUCCCGAACGGGCAUGGGUACGGUGGAUUUGGUGGGAAUGCGGACCAUUUCUUUGUGCCCUCGUAUCUGAGGGGAUCGAAAUAUGUGCAAAAGUUAGAGGAAGCGCACAAGGCAAAGGUCCUGGCGCAUAGAGAUGGGUCAGCCCCGUCAUCACAACCAAAUUCUCUAUCAACUAGUGCUAGCAGUGUUAAUCUACAUGCAAAGAUGGUCCCUUCGCAUCGAGGUAGACCUUAUGACCUCGUCGAAAAAACUCCCCUCAUCGAAGAUGAAACCUUAUCCCCAUUGCCAAGUAAAUGGAGCACAACAGACAAAUUUGGAGCAUUGGAAGUCACAAGUGACGGCUUUGAAGUGAAAUUGACGGGCCCGAAAUCCAUGAACGAUCGAGAUAAUGAGGCAUCUGCCAUCAGAUCCGAUCACCCCAUGCCUCCCCAGUGUGGAAUUUAUUACUUCGAGGUAACAAUUUUGUCGCGGAAGCGAGAAGAUAGCUCUAUUGGUAUUGGAUUUUCUACCAAAAAAAUACCCUUAUCAAGAUUACCGGGAUGGGAACCUGAUUCUUGGGCAUAUCAUGGUGACGAUGGCCAUGGGUAUGCUGGUGCAAGUGUUGGAAAAGCUUACGGCCCAUCAUUUUCCACAGAAGAUGUAAUAGGUUGCGGAGUCAACUUUUCAACUGGUGUUGCCUUCUUCACAAAGAAUGGAGAUCAUUUAGGUAUCGCAUUCCGAGAUGUAACUGGAAGGGGCGAGCUUUUUCCAUCUGUAGGUAUGAAGAAACCCGGCGAGCAUAUUAGAAUAAAUUUCGGGCAAAGUCCAUUCGUCUACAACAUAGAUGAAAUGAUUUUGCACGAAGAACGUCGGAUUAAGAAUGAGAUCGCUUCCACCAGUACUACAAAACUUCAACCACCAUUGAAUGAAACGGAAUUGAUCCAAUCUUUGGUUCUACAAUUUCUAACACACGAUGGCUAUGUCGAAACGGCAAGAGAAUUUGCGAAUGAAGUUCACUCUGAAAAGAAGGCUUUGAACAUGGAUCCUAAUGUUACCAUACCAGGAUUCGAUAUCAAAGAUGAUCAAGAUGCUAGCAAUAGGCAACGCAUACGCACAGCAAUAUUAGAAGGGGAUGUUGAACAGGCCCUCAAAUUCACUAACGCAUAUUAUCCUCAAGUUCUGAAAGACAACGAACAUGUUUACUUUCGAUUAAGAUGUCGCAAGUUCAUUGAAAUGGUUCGACAGAUGGCAGAAAUGCAUAAUUCCAAUACUACCAACAUAUCGAAGAAGAAUUCGACGCAUAAAGGGGAUUGGUAUGAUGAUAUUAUAAAUCAUGAUAUGGAACUGGAUGAUCAUCAACCCCAGGCCAACAACUGGGAUAGAAUGGAAACGGACGGCGGUGAUACUUUUGAAACCGAUUAUCAGAAUUUGCUAGCAGAUACAUUAUCAUAUGGACAGGUUCUUCAAGCAGAAUUCAAGGACGAUCCAAGAAGAGAGGUCAGCAAAGCUUUGGAAGAUGCUUUCUCGUUGAUUGCAUACAAAGACCCUAUCAAUGAGAAAACCGUCUCCCAUCUCUUGGAUCCGAGUGGAAGGGUUGCUGUAGCAGAGGAAUUGAACUCUGCUAUUCUUCUCUCCCUUGGCAAAUCGUCCUCAGCGGCUCUUGAACGUGUUUACCAACAAACCACGGUACUGUUAGAAGACCUUAGAGAAUCGGGCGGAACGGGGGCUUUUGUUAAUAUUGAUAAUUAUACGAGACCUAGGAGGAAUGAUGGCGCAAGUAGAAAUCAUAGUUAG